AUGCCUAGUCUUUUUCAACGAGCUCCGGAAGGCUGUCGCAGUGACUCGGUCCCCGCCGGCAUUGAUCAUGUGUUGAACCCUGAACUCAAGUUUGGAUGGGUCCCCUGGACCAACGGCACCGAAGGUGCUGUGAGAACUUGCUGCGAAGAUUCGCCCAUCAUUGUCUACGAUGACUGCUGGCUCGCAUGCGAGCUUCCAGACAGCAUUCAGAAGAAUAUCAAGGAGGAGGGCUUCUCCACUGCCAAAGCUUUUGGCGACUGUAUACGACUGAACUGGCCAAAGAACGAGUCUUGGUCCACCCUGGGAGUCGGAGGCUCAAGCUCAAGCCCUGCGAUGCCUUCUGCCGCGUUGCCCAACUUGGGCCACUUGGUGCUGCUCGUUUUUGGGCUUCUUUGUUUCACGCGAUAA